AGGAAACAGUCAUUUUUAUAAAUAAGACUUUGGCUCUUAUGAGAUAGUGUCAGUAGUAGAAGAAUUGAAUCUAUUUUUCUGUUUUUAACAACUCGUUGGGACUUUGAACAAAAAGGUAAAGUAAAAUGACGCCGAAACUCGGAGACAAAAAGCGAGUCCGCUCGAUUAAUUUCACAGAUGCGGAAGAAGAAUUGCUGCUGAGAUUAGCAUUGAAUAGAAAAGACGUAAUUGAAUGCAAGGUCAGCGACGUUAAAAGGAACGACGAUAAAGUUCGCAUGUGGGAGGAAAUCACUAGAGAGUUCAAUACGAGCUGCCUCAAUACGUUUGAGCAAUCUGUAAAUUUUGAAUAUACUUCGAAUGCGAGCCAGACCUUUUUAAGGCCCAAGCACAAUGACAGCGACAGAGUGACACAGUGGUAGCGCGGCAAACCAGAUUUUAUUCAUCGUUCAGUGGCGUAGCCAGAAAUUCGGUCUAGGGAGGAUUUGUGUCGAACAAAUUUUAAAAAGAGGAUGUAAAUGAAAAUUUUAGGCUCUGGGGGAGGUUUUGACCUUAAGCCCCUCCCCCUGGAUACACUACUGAUCAAAUCAAAGUAGGAUUGAUGUUAUCUAAAACUAAUUCAACUUGAUUCAACUCUCAUUGAUAUUGGGCUGCCGAAACUGUCCCUGUUAUUAUGCGUGGGCAUUCAAAGCAUUAUGAUAUUUAUGAUCGGGUUAUGGCUCUAUCAAUACAAAUAUUUUUUUUUAUCAAUUUUAUCAAACAGGUGAGAACGCUGACAGUACUCAAAAAGAAAUAUGAAAAUAUAAAAAAGAACAUCCGUCAGGCGGUUUCAAAGGAGACAUUAUCGCGUAGAGCCACUGGUGGCGGUCGAGGCCCUGAAGAAUGGCGGCCAAAAUCAGAAGCGAUGGCUGAGCUACGAGAAGUAAUCGCGUUGUCUGUCGAUGGACUUCAAUCUCUUUGCGACGAUGAUGAUGAUGAAGAAACCGUUGCUGCUGCGCCAAAAGAAUCCACAACAUUGAUUGAGCCCGAGAUAGAUUCUCAGAUAGAGCCUCAUGCUGAAGUGGAAGCAGCAACGAGCGAUGGUUAUGAGGUUGAAUAUCUAGAUGACGAUUCUAGAUCUGCUAUCAACAAUGAGGUUGCAUGUGAUAAAGUGAUCGAAAGUGAUCACAUUGAAGGAUCAACCGGUGAUGAUCGAGAUCAACUAGCGAGUCCCAGCAAAAGUACGAGUUCUGUCCCAAAAUCUGGUGAUACAUGGGACAAAUACAGCCCCGCUAUGCUCAAACGGCCGAAAAGUAAUCUCCUUCAGGCAAAAUCGAAGCGCCAGAAGACCAUUGAGCAGGACCUUAAAAAGAAAAUUUUAGAACGCAAUGAAGAGAUGAUGGAGGAGGUUCAUCGUCUCGAUGUCCAAAAACGAAGAACUGAUUUGGAAUCGGCUCACAUCAAUCUUCAAACCGACAAAAUAAAGCUACAAAUGGAGCAGCUUCGUUAUCAGCAUAUGAGGGAGGAGCAUGCGCUUCGGAUUAAAUUGUUGAACAAUUCCAUCGGAAAUAAUACGGAAACAACCACGAACAGUUCUGGUUCAAUAAGUGACUGAAUCAGGUAUAUACCUACUAAUAAUAAACGAUGACAACAAUUAAAGUUUGAUGUAUAUGAAUAUAAACACAAGUCUUUUAUUUACGUAAGAUCCUUUUACAGUUGAGCAAAAUAGUUUUGAACCAAGUGAUCGCGAACACAACCUGCAUCAUUUAUCUCUGUGUUUGACGCGUUCGGAACCACUGUUGCAGCUAACAUUUCUUCAAAUCCUUCUAUCUCUGGUGGUGGAACCUCCUCUUUGGCAUCGAUUGCUAUAUUAUGUAACACUGCACAUGCAACAAUUAUUAGCUGUACUGUAGAAAUUAUCACACGCAUUCCCAAAGAAAGUACUGGAAAUCGUCGCUUCCAAACACCAUAUGAUCGCUCCACAACAUUACGAGUACGGAUUUGACUUUCGUUAUACAAAUUUUCGGCUGCGGUUUCACAUCUAAGAAACGGUGUUGCCAGAUAUUUUGUAUUACGAUACCCGGAAUCGCCUACGAUUAUAAAGUGUCCAUAAUCUCCUCGCUCAAGCUGCAUCUUCAGUGAAGAGUUAUUAAAGAUGUGUUGGUCGUGGGAUGCUCCAGGCCACCUUGCGACAAUAUUCAAAAUUUUCAAAUUUGCAGAGCUGACUGUUUGCACGUUUAUCGAAAACCAUGAUUUUCGAUUUCUGUAGUUUUCGGCAUGAUCACCACCAGGUGAUUGUAUUUUGACGUGCGUACAAUCAAUUGAAGCAAUUGUUCGAGGAAAUUUUGCGAUUGAGUAAAACUCACGACUUGCUGCAUGUAGUUCAUGCUGCGUUUUCGGCAUCUUGAUAAACCGCGACCGUUAUUGAGCUAACGCAAAAGAUACACGACGAAUGAUACGACA